CUUUCAAUGAAUUCAACUAUGGAGCUCUUUUAUUAUGGGACAUUCUGUACAUUCCCCUAAUUCCAGAGUCAGUAGGCAUUUCUGACUCGUGGGAAUGAAUGUCCAGGUCGCAGGAUUCAUCCAUCCACAAUAUCAUUCAUCAAUGAAGAUGAUUAUCAUUCAUCCUCGCAAUGUCCGUCUGCAUCGUCGAGGCCCCGAAAACCCGAACACGGUGUUGAGCGAGGAGGGAGUUUCUCACAAUUGCAAUUGCAAGGUUACGAUGUAAUGGAGUGAGUGAGUGAGUGAAGCAGGGAGUUAUGGCCCUUUCUUCGGCGGUCAUUGUGUCGUUGCGAAUUUCUCCUUCUGUGUGCUGCUCUGCAGCGGAACCCAACAAUCAUGCAGCCAUUUCCAGCGACUGUUCUGUGAAGCUGGCGCAGCCGCAGCCUGUGUCGCGAGUGCAGCAUUUGUCGCUACUAAAUCGAGAGAACUCAUCUUGUUCUGCGCCGAUCAUGUCAAUGCUUCACCCCGGGAUGGAGUUUGUCAAUGUUAUGUACUUCAAGGGUAGCUACAACGCACAGAUUUUCGUCGGAGAAGAUGAGUCAGCCGAUUCAGUGGUGAGGAGAUUCAGAAGAGCUGUCUCGGCAGCCGGAGUGAUUCCUGAAUGUAGGCGCAGAAGGUUCCACGAGACCCCGCAGGAUAUUGUGAAACGCAAGCAGAAGGAGGCUCAUCGCAGGAAUAAAAGCAACCGAAGGUUUUCUGGACCACGGCCCGAGGGUGGAUAUGGUGAAAAGAAGGAAACCAGUAGUGCAGAGGAGGAAGAUGACGACUUCUGGGGGUAUGUCGACGAGGAUGCCUAAUUUUUGGAAGUUAUUUUAACCUCGAUCUUAUUGUGGAGCAUUUUGGAGUUCUUUUGAGUCCAUCUUACUUUCUAGUGUUACAAAAAAAUUACACGACUCCUAAACCAAUUAGAAAAGUAGAACCUGAAGUCAUUGAACUUCAAAACAUUUUUAGAGCAGGAUAUACACUUCCGUGAUACUGAGUAGGUUUAAAGCAUCAAACUGGUAUUGAAUGUCAAGUAAGAACCAUGCAUGUUUCAAAAGUUUUGAUGAGCUGAAUGUAAACUACCGAGGACUUACGUUUGUGGCCUUUGCUUCAAGCACUUAAAAGUGGUAAAGCUUCUCAACUUGUAGUAGACAUGCUUUUAACCAGCUCCUUUUGCGGAUACAACAUGAGGAUUAGUUUGAUA